GUAAGUAGUGUAUGAAUGGGAACAGAGCACUGGUUAGGGCUUGCGACCUUUCAUCAGCUUCGUGCUCUUCCGUAGGCCCUCGCCAUCGCUCUUUGCGUUUCGUCCUGUUCUCCCUCUCCAUCGGGAGUUUCUGUUUCCAUUCCAGGAGACACUGACGAUAUUCUCCUCUCCUUUCCGCUUCUUUUGAACCCCCCGCGCUCGGUUUGGCCGCGUUUUGUGUCAGUUUGGUGGGUCUGAGGUUGAGGUUUUAGCACGGUGGGGGUGUGGUGGUUGGAGAUCGGAUUGGCUGAGAUCAGAUUCUGGAAUGGAACGCGCUGUUCGAGGUUUGGGAGGUCGUCGUGGUAGCGUUGGUGAUUCGGUGGUCCCAGUGCCAUAGUUGCGGCUGAGAAGUUUCAAUCAUCAAGUGUCAUAAUGGGAAGAGAUUGAGAAGUUUUCGCCUUCCCGAUUGGAUGGAGUUGAUCUCAAGAAGGAGACAUACUUUCGGAAAAAAUAUUAUAUAUUUUUGCAAGAUCUUGGCAUGCGGUUGAAAGUGCCGCAGUCUCCAGCGGGCACUAUCAUACUGUCUUUGAUAUUCCUAUCCGUUUGCAAUUGCGUUUUUAGGUCGUCCCCAAGUGACUAUUGCAACUGCCAUUGUAUUCUGCCAUCGGUUUUUCCAUCGACAAUCACAUGCAAAAAAUGACAGACUUAUUAUAGCAACUGCAUGUAUGUUUUUGGCUGGAAAAGUAGAAGAGACACAUCGUCCUAUUCGAGAAGUUAUCGUGUUCUCUUAUCACAUUCGGUUCAGGAUAGAUCCGUUAGCUAAGGAGCGAAUCGAACAAAAGGAAGUCAUUGAGGAACAGAAGGAGUUGGUUUUGGCUGGGGAGCGUUUGGUUCUGACCACUUUGGGUUUUGACCUGAACAUACAUCAUCCUUAUAAACCCUUAGUAGCAGCUAUCAAGAGGUUCAAGGCUCAGAAAACCCUUGCGCAGGUUGCUUGGAAUUUUGUGAAUGAUAGUCUCCGCACAUCACUUUGUCUACAAUUUAAGCCUCAUCAUAUUGCUGCGGGGGCUAUCUUCCUGGCUGCUAAGUUUCUGAAGGUGAACUUGCCUGAGGAAGGUGACAAGGUGUGGUGGCAAGGGUUCGACGUCACACCCAGACAAUUAGAAGAAGUAAGCAAUCAGAUGUUGGAGCUUUACGAGCAGAACAGAACUAACGGCGCAACUGGGCCACUGGCUAACGAACUAAGCCCCAGUGAACUAGAUCGAGGCCAUGCUCCUGUAAGCUCCAUCCAAGCACCAUCUGCAAAUGGAAAUCGCCAUCAACAAAGCGUUUCAGGAAUAUUUCAACCAGUGGAAACAAAUGCGAAUGAAGUUUCCAGCUGCGAGGUUGAAGAUAAUACUGUCGGCACGUUGCGGUCAUCGUCAACUCCUAAUCAAUCCUCGAAUGCUCGACGGAAGUGCACUCCCGAGCCACCUGGAGGACAAAACCUUAAUGGGGAUGAAGCAGGAGAUAACUGUUAGUAAUGGAAUGGUUUGAUCUAGUAGCGACAAACCUGAGUGUCGUGAUUACAGAAAGGACGAGUUCAACGCUGCCAAAAUCGGUAAAAGGGACGGAGAACCUGUUGCAUGAGAUUUGCAAAGAAAGUAUGCUUUGGUUUGAACUGGGUAGAAACGGAAAGGUCAACAUGGUCUAAUCUGGUGCUGCGAUGUAGAAACAAUGGUAUCAGAAACACGAGUUACAGCGGUGGAAAAUGACAUGAGGAUUUAUAAGUUUGAAUAUGUCACCAAGGAAGCUGAAGUGAGAAAGAAAAUACGCGUCACAUGUUCAGGGAUAAAGGAUUCAGGCGUCAAGCAUGUGAUCCCCAAUGAAAAUUUGUUGGGAGGAGGAUAUGUUGGCUAGGGACUUUGCUAACAAAGCUGGGAAAGUCGAUGUAUUAAGAAGGUACCAUCGUGUCGGUUCUUUCGAAUAAUCAAGGGUUCCAAAAGAUUUAGGAGAGGCCAACGUUGUCACUCAUUAGUGUGAUCAGGCUUGAAAUGAUUCGUGGGAAUUAUUUUUCUUGUUGACUUCCAAGAACUUUUUGAAGGAGGCUUAAUUUUGUAGGCGCAUUAGGGAACAGGGGAAUCCACCUGAGUUCAGUGACUUCACCGAUGUGAGAAUGGGACGAUUUAGUGGAAUAGGGACGAUUGUACCGAAAGUUUGGAGGAUGUAGUGCUUACUACAAGCGGCAGCGUGAGAUUUCCACCACAACCAACAUAUACGAGUUCAUUACCUGAUCAUAGUCCAAGUCUGGAUGCUCAGAACAUUAGGAAGCCAUGAAUAGAACGGGAUAUGGAAAGAAGGAAUAAGGCAUUCCUCUCACAAGCGGGAGCACUUCAGAGAUCAACAUUCUUCAUUCCACAGGUGUGGUCAAAUACCGUGUGGAUGUUAGACCCAAUGUUGCAGCAAGCUUCCUCAACGAAAUUGCAUGGACUCCAGGUUCUCGACUGUGCUCUGGUUGGGUACUUUCAAUGGAGCUUUUUCACGAGGCAGUCGUCUUCAGCGGCAGGGAAAUUGUUCUGGACUGUGUUUCAUCGAUUUCGUAACUAGAGCUAGUGCUCAGUUGGUGAUCACUAGGCAAGGAACUCAGAAACUCCCAAUUGAGGCUGUGAAAAGCAAUGUUGCUUUUCACGACUAAUACAUGAAAUUAUAUUUUACAUUUCAAAUAUUUGAUCUUUUUCAUGGCCCAGUAA